CCACAGAGCCCCUCUCCCUCACACGAUAAUUAUAGCACACUGUCAUCCCACAAUUAACACACACACACACACAUAGAAGUAAAAACUCUCAGGCUGGACCCAGCGUAUAAAAGACAGCCAGACAGACAAAAGCCACACAGGCUAAUAGAAACAGUGAGAAAGGUUCUGAGGCUUCAGAGUGGAUUCGUACAGUGUUUUUGAAUAAGGACGGCACAAGGCUACUUCAUUUAUAAUCUCGGUGCUCACUGUGUCACUUCAAAGCUCUGACUGGAUAUCGAUUUGAGACUGAGAAACCGUCUAAACACUAAUGAGUGGAACCAACUCCUCUGCCUAUCGAUCGGAGCGCAGUUUCCACCAGACAUCCUCCUCAUCUUCAUCCUCAACCUCAACAAACCCAUACAUGGAGAAGAGCCGGGGACUCUUCGCUGAGGACUUUGGAUCUUUCAUGUGUCCAAAAGACGCUUUGGGAUUUCAAAACAGAACAGGGACAGUCGGAAACAUCAAGACUCUGGGAGACACAUACCAAUUCACAGUGGACGUCCGAGACUUCUCACCUGAGGAUGUGAUUGUCACCACCUCAAACAAUCAGAUUGAAGUUCACGCUGAAAAGCUUGCUACCGAUGGAACAGUGAUGAACACUUUUACCCACAAAUGCCAGCUUCCAGAGGAUGUGGACCCCACCUCGGUGAAGUCAUGUUUAGGGGCUGAUGGGACUCUCACUAUCAAAGCACAGAGAAAUACUGCUAAACUGGAGCACGCACAGACGUUCCGCACAGAGAUCAAAAUUUAGAUCUUAUUUUUUUUCGCUCCUGCUGUAUCUGUUUCUCUGUGACAAAUGACCUUAAUGAUAGUUAGUUAAUCCUGCUUUGUCAUUCCUCCAUGACCUUCUCUCAUUUCUUCUCAUUAGACUUGAGUGGAACUUAAUCCUGUCACACGUAUUCAAAACAUUUACAACAAAUGCACUGCUAAUGUCAAUUCUCUGCUAAAUACAUAUCACCUUACAAUAUGCAGUGGAGUUCAAAAGUCUGAGACCAAACUGAACAUCUGUGAUUCAAAAUCGAAUUUAAAUCUGAUUUAAAUAGGAUUUUUUGAGAAUAAGAAAGAAACACUCAGAUGUUCUUGCUUCCACAUGUAAAUCAUGCUGGAGAACAUGAUCCUCAGGUUUUAUGCAAACUUCUGGAGUUCAUGUAGCUUGAAUGCUGCUGUCAUGAAAUCAAAAGAACAAAAUAAUAAAUACUACAAAAUACUAAGAUAUUUUAAAACGUACACUUUUCAAACAACUUUUGCUGAUAAUAUAAUUUGUAAUGCAUUGAAAAGCAUUUUUAGCAGCAGUUGUCUCAGACUUUUGGACGUCAUUGACAAACAGUCAGAAGAGAAACCUAUUAACUGAACUGAUUGUUAUUGUUGUCAAAGGGUAUAUUUUCUAACUGUAAAACUAUGUUGUGUGGGUGAUUUAAAUACUGUUUUAGAACAUAAUAAAACCAGGACACCUUUGACCUUUGA